AUUCGCCCUGGCAUCCCUGUUCUGGGCGGCUCCCUGGUGGAGAGAUCUGGGCGAUGGGCCCCCGAAACUCAGUCGCCAUGCGCAGCGGCGCCGCGAGCAGGCCAAGGACUGGUGCUGCAAGUACUGCAUCCACCCGAUCUCGCAGAACCAGUGGUGGAAUCGGUCCGACACGGUGUCGUGCACCAAGUGCGGGUCGGCCAAGGCCGUGGCAUUCAUGUGUGUUCGCCCGCCGCCUGGACCGUCCACCAAGCGUGCCAAGCCGCCAGCUGCGAACUCAGGCAGCGGCUCCGCUGCGGUGCCGCCGUGGGUUAACGACAAGCUGGAGGCCCUGGCAAAGGAGUUGGCCAGCACCAAGGCCAAGCUGGCUGAGACCACCAGCAAGCAGCACGCGCCGUCCAUGGAGGUCGACGAGGGCGCAGAGCACUGUGAGGGCCAGGGUGACUCCUUGGACCAGAAGAGGGCGCGCCUUGAGGAGGUCGACGCUGCGCUGCGGGCCAUCGCCGGCUCCAGCGAGGUCCUGUUCGAGACGGCUCGGGUCGAGCUGGAGGACACUCGCAAGAAGCUCAGCGCGGAGCUGGCCGCUGCGAAGCCCGUCCCAGCGCAGCUGCGCACCCUGUCCUUCAAGCUGGGCAAGCUCGAGCAGAAGCGCGCCAAGCAGGAGGAGGCCCUGCAGGCAGCCAAGGACAAGGUCGUGCAGGCCAACAAGGAGGUGGAUGAGGCCACGCAGCAGCUCGCCGAGUCCGACGCGGCGAUCUUGGAGCUCCAGCAGGAGCAGACGCGGCUCGCCGCCACGCUCCCUCGUCCACCAGCUGGAGGCGUCUCGCCAAAGGCUGACAUCGUCGAGGGGCUCGGCGUCACCAUCGAGAAGCUGGGCGCGAUGUUGGCGGAGCUCGGCGACAGCGGGGUGCUCGCGGAGAAGCUUGGCACGGUGCUGGGCGAGGUCCGUGAGUACGAGCAGCGUAAGGUCGAGGCCGCAGCGCAGGAGGCCAAGGCUGCGGCCGAGGCAAGGGCGACCCAGGCCAAGGCUGAGCCUGUGCCCAGCCAGGGCGCCAAGGAGUCGGAGGCAGGCCCAGACCUCCCAGACCCCGACACGGCGACCGAGGAGGAGCUGCGCGAGUUCCUCUCCAGCUCGGGCGUGGACCCGUCCCAGGAGUGCGAGGAGCUCCGCGGCCAGGUGCGCAAGAUCACCGACGCGCUGGGCGGCUGGCGCGAGGUCAAGAGGGCCAAGGCCAGCGCUGCCCGCAGCAUGCGGAGGGCCCAGCUGCUGGAGCGCGUUGGAGCGCGCGAGCAGGCCUUGACUAAGGCGAGAGCGCGCCAGCGCCGAGGCAAGGCCUCCAGCAAGGUCGGCCUGUCUGCGGCCGAUCGAGACGUACUGCUUCCUCGACGAGCAGGGCAGGGGCCUGCUGCUGCCUCUGGCUCCCAGGCGGCUUGCUCUGCGGUCGGAUCUGUCGGGCUUCAGGUUGGGAAUCGCACCGAGGCUCUCGGCAGUGCAGCGGGAGACCGCAGCAUAGCAGCGGGAGACCGCAGCGAGCCACCGUUUGGGCAGACUGGCCGAGGUGAUGACGAGGCAGACCGCGGAGGCCGUCUGGGCGGCAACGACUACGGGGAGGUUUGCUCAGGCAUCGGAUCUGCUGGGCUUCCAGCUGGGACGACUGGCGGAGGUGAUGGCAAGGAUGACGCUUGGGGCCGCCCAUUCCCCUUUUCUCACACAGGUGCAGAUGAAGAUGGUAAUCAUGUUCCUGACCGCAAGGGUUCUAUUGUGACUUUCAAUUGCUCUGAGGAGGGCCAGCUAUUGCGCUUCCUCGACUCCUGCGAGCACACUGUGGUGGCUAUACAAGAGCACCACGUCGCAGAGGAUCGUCUUCCAGAUCUGCAGCAUCGAGCUCUGGACCCUGGCUGGCAUGGAGUCUGGAGCUCGGCCACCAAGACGGGCAACCAGGAGGGCACUCAGGCGGGCCUGGCCAUCCUGGCGAAGGGAGACGUGCUGGUCACGGCCCCCCCAGGGCGCUCGACGCCCCACAUGGCGAAUGGGAGAGCGCUGGCAGCCCACGUCCAUUGGGGGGUGCCUGGGGGAUUCAUUGUGAUUUCAACAUAUCUUUAUGUGAAUGAAGGCCUCUCUGAUAAUAACGUUCGCAUCUUGGCAGAGAUCUGUGAAUACAUUGAAGUUGUCAACGCGAUGGGUCUUGAUUGGAUCGUCGCGGGAGACUUCAACCUGGAGCAGGCCGAGUUCGGAGACAUG